AUGGCUUGUCAAACUAACAAUGGUUCCCUUUCUCUCCGUUUUCUUGAACAGUUGGUUGGGUUGCCGGGGACGUCCAAGACCCUUGUUGCACAGAAAGUCUGCCGAUAUCUGCAAUGGCUCGGAAUCGCAUCCAGGGUCUUCAACGUCGGCAACUUUCGGCGCAAGCUCUUUGGUGCGCAUCAGCCUCACACCUUUUUCGACCCCGCCAAUCCCGAGGGCGAGCGUCUCCGAUCCCAGGCCAGAGACCAUGCGCUCCAGGAGAUGAUGAGCUGGUUCCGAAACGAGCAGGGGAUCGUCGCCAUCUAUGACGCCACCAAUGCGACCCGUGCCAGACGAGAGGUACUCUUGCAGGAAUGCCGAAAGAACGAUGUCCAAGUCAUGUUUAUCGAGUCUGUCUGCGAGGACGAAGGGCUGCGGCUGCUGAAUGCGAUUGAGAUCCAGAGAUCCUCACCGGACUAUGCACAGAUGGAUUCUGAAAUGGCACUGCAGGACUUUAAGAUGAGGGUCGGACACUAUGGAGGACAUUACGAGACCAUGACGGAGAAGGAUUUGACCUACAUCAAGUUGAUCGAUGCGGGGAGCCAGGUCAUUCUCAGCCAGAUUCAGGGCUAUCUCCAAUCGAGGAUUGUAUACUAUCUCAUGAACCUCCGCAUUAGGUCCAGGAACAUUUACUUCUCUCGGCACGGCGAAUCAUUAUUUAAUGUGAUGGGUCUGCUCGGAGGCGACUCUGAACUCUCAGCCCGUGGCAAACAGUACGCACGGGCAUUACCGGUUGUGGUCUCGACAUACGUCCCCAACUCUGAUCGGUUGACCGUCUGGACAUCGACAAAGAAGCGCACGAUCGCGACGGCGAAACACCUCCCACACAAGAAACUUGCCUGGAAGGCUCUGGACGAACUCGAGGCCGGCAAGGCUGACGGCCUAACCUACGAACAAGUCGAGGAACAAUUCCCCGAAGACUUUGCGAACCGGGACAACGACAAGUUCAAUUACCGAUACCAGGACGGCGAAUCCUACCGCGAUGUCGUUGCCCGCCUUGAACCCGUCCUCGUCGAUCUCGAGCGACAGGACGAUAUCCUCAUCAUCGGACACCAGGCCAUCCUCCGAUGUCUCUAUGCCUACUUCAUGAACAUGUCCCAUGAACGGCUGCCGUAUAUCAAGAUUCCGCUGCAUACGCUCAUUCAGCUCACGCCGGGCGCCUAUCGUUGUGAGGAAAAGAGGUUCAAGGUUGACAUUGACGCCGUCGAUACCCAUCGUCCAAAGCCGAAGACUGCGGUCGGAGGAUCUCAAACGCCCGUCAACACCCAUCCUGCACAGGACGCUCCCCUGAUAAAUAUCGCGCCUGUCAUGUUGCCAAACACACCCUUGACAACCGCAGAUAUUGCAGAGGCUGAAAGGAACUGCUCCAGAGAUCCCCAAGAUCAUUGUGUCGAGUUUGACGACCAACACCUUCAGAUGUGCGGUCUAUCCGACAGCAGACUCGGUCCCUAUCUCUAUCCAGCCAGCAGCAACAGUUGCACCAGUAUCAUCGUCAGCGCCAGCGGUAGUACCAGCACCGGCACCAGUAUCGACAUCAGCGUCAGCGUCAGCGCCUGCACCGGUGCCAGUGUCUGCCCCAGCUACAAAACAGGACGCACCGCCAACAUCGAUCGAGUUGCCGCCGAUGGAAGAGAAGGCUAG